CCUGUGUCUACAUCCGCAACCACGACCCAAAACCCAACCACAAUCACUUGUCCGCAGUCUACUUAACCCUUCGCCUUUCCCGCGGCAGCUCCCUUACUUCAAGCUGGAAUUACUCUCGGCGUCCAACAAUCUCUUUGCUGGUUUAACUUGGUUCCGCUCAAAACAAACACCCACUCCUAUCUUCUUUGUUUAGGGAGAAACAAUUUGAAUCUCUCGGAAUGGAGAAUUAUCAGAAAAUCGAAAAAAUUGGUGAAGGAACCUACGGGGUUGUUUACAAGGCCAAGGAUCUCAAGAACGGUAACCGUAUCGUUGCAUUGAAGAAGAUUCGUCUCGAAGCCGAAGAUGAGGGCGUUCCGUCCACCGCCAUUCGCGAAAUCUCCCUUCUGAAGGAAAUGUCUGACCCUAAUAUUGUUAAGCUCCUUAACAUUGUACACGCCGAUGGCCAUAAGCUCUACCUGGUCUUUGAGUUUUUAGACCUUGAUCUGAAAAAAUAUAUGGAAGCAAUUCCAUCAGGUAUGGGUUUGGGGACCGACAUGAUCAAGAGGUUCAUGAGCCAGCUGGUCGAGGGUGUGAGAUACUGUCAUGCGCAUAGGAUCCUGCACAGGGACUUGAAGCCUCAGAACCUAUUGAUAGACAAAGAGGGCAACUUGAAACUGGCAGAUUUCGGGUUGGCGAGAGCCUUUGGAGUGCCUUUGAGGACAUAUACUCAUGAGGUCGUCACUCUCUGGUAUCGUUCUCCGGAAAUUUUGUUGGGUGGGAAGCAAUAUUCUACCGGCGUUGAUAUGUGGAGCGUGGGUUGCAUCUUCGCAGAGAUGUGUACCCGAAAAGCGCUCUUCCCUGGUGAUUCGGAAAUCGAUGAAAUUUUCAAGAUAUUCCAGUUGCUUGGAACCCCAGACGAAGAGACAUGGCCUGGCGUCACCAGCUUUCCGGAUUUCAAACCUUCCUUCCCUCAAUGGGCCAAGGUCGACACCGAAAAAAUGGUCCCAGGCCUUGAAGCAGCAGGCGUCGAUUUGUUAGAAGCUAUGCUCGUGUAUGAUCCUGCGGGUCGCAUAUCAGCCAAACAAGCUUGUCACCAUGAUUACUUCAACGCAGAGGACGGCACCAAUUGGAACAAUGGGAGGCCAAACAGCCGGUUCCAAGGCCGAUGAUUUUGUCCUAUGUUUACAUUUACUUGUCAAUGGAUAUGAUGGAACAGUCGAGAUGGCAUCUGAUUAAAGUAACAAAACCACAAGGGUACGAUUAGGCGGCCAGUGAUUGAACCAACAAACUUCAUUAGAAAACUCUCAUUCCUUAAUAUUAUUUUCUGGGAUUUGUGUUUGCGACAAUGCGUAGCCAGGCAAAACAUGAACGAUCAAAAUUUAAUGUAUUGAUG